AGCUCUUGAGGCAGUGCUAGGCUGUAAUUUAUCUAUCUUCUGUUUAAAUCAGUUUUACCAUGGCUUGCUCGUGUACUAGAAAUGUUCAGAAUCAAAACCUUUUAGCCUUUUAUUUCUUCUCUUUCUGCUAAUCUUCCUCCUCCCGACCCUUUUAUUUUAUUAUAAACUGGACAAAAGGUAGUUCGUUGCAGAUACACUGAUCUACACCAGACCCUUCUUUUUCUCUCUCUUUUGGCUUGGUUUGUGUGCAUUUUUUGUGUAUGAGUACUUGAUACUAACUUAUAGUUAUUCAGUGUCUUCUCUUAUGCCCAUGGAUCUUAAUGAUGAUCACACUCACCAGCUUUUCGGUACAAACCAUCAAGCCUCAUCAUCAUCUUCUCUACCUUAUUCUAUACUCUUCAACCAAGAUCAAGAUCAAGGAGGAUCUUACCAUGAGAAAUCAAAGCACUUACAAAGUGAUGAAGAGGCUGAGAAGAUUGAUCCUUCUGGUGGAUCAUGGGAUCAUCCGAUAGAGAAAAAUGAUGAAAAUAGAAGUGAUCUCAAACAAAGGGUAUGGAAGAAAAAAGAUAGGUGUGAAAAUCUUCAAGGUGAAGAUAGUUCAAGGAAAUGGAUGCCUUCAAAGAUCAGAAUGAUGCGGAAGAUGAUGGUGUCUGAUAUAAAAAGUGUCUCUAACUCUAAGCAGAUCAAGUGUGAAGAGAAAAACUCACCACUAUCACCUCAAGGACCUGAUAAUAUUAACUACAGUUCUUCUUCAAAUCAUAGUAAUAUCACUGUUAGGGUUUGUGCUGAUUGUCACACCACUGAGACCCCUCUCUGGAGGACCGGACCCAAUGGUCCAAAGUCCCUUUGCAAUGCUUGUGGGAUUCGACAAAGGAAGGCAAGACGAGCCAUUGCUGCAGCUGCAUCAGCAAAUGGAACAAGUCUUGUGGAGCCCGACAAAUCUCAAGUGAAGAAGGGAAAGAAGUUGCACAAGAAAAGGAUGAAGUCCAAAGCGGAGUGUGCCCCACAAUUGAAAAAGAAGAGAAAACUUGGAGACAAGUAUAGAAAGAGGUUUGAAAAUUAUGAAGAUUUGACAAUAAGCUUGAGUAAGAACUUGGAUCUACAACAAGUUUUCCCUCAGGAUGAGAAGGAGGCUGCAAUCUUGCUCAUGGCUUUAUCUUAUGGCCUACGUCGUGAUUUUCCCUCGGAUCAUUAUGUUUCUUAGAUUUAUGAAAUUGGUUGUAAAAUCAUGAUUAUAUGAGAGACCAAUGCUUAGUGUUGUGCUAGAUGGUCAAGUUAGAUUGGAAAACUGAUAAAUGGGACAAUAAAGAGAUAGGCGUGGAUGAUUUAAUUUAUCAAUCAAUUAUGUUGGAUUUGAACAAGAAGACGAACACGGAAUACUAGUGUCUUCUUGCUCAUUAUCUUGAGUAUCCGAUAAUCUCAAUAAAUUCAUUAAGAUUCCAAAUGAUUA